GCCAAGGUGAGGGGCAGGUUCUCCCGCCGCGGGCCCGGCGAGGACCAGGUCUCCAUCCUGCCCGGCGAGGAGGAGGAGGCGGCGGGGGCCGGGGGCAGCGCGGGGGCCCCGCGGCCGGCGGUGCUGCAGCAGCAGCAGCAGCAGCAGGAGGAGGAGGAGGAGGGCGCCGGGUGCAGGAAGGUGCGCUUCGCCGUCCUGCCCGGCUCCUACGAGCCCCUGCGCCCGCCGCGGGCCCCCGGCAAGCGGCCCUACGGGAAACGCCUGAAGAAGUACGGAAAGAAUGUCGGAAAGGUUCUGCAGAAGGGUUGUCACUACCUGGUGGUCGGCCUGCAAGGAUUAGCAGCAGCCUAUUCUGCUCCCUUUGGAGUGUCAGCACAUGUGGCAUCCUUCGUCCGCUAGCACAGCUCCCUGUGCCCCACAGGAGAGGACACGAGGCCAUUGCUGCUUUCUCAGGAUUAAACUUGAGACCUGGAUCUGAAAAAACUCUUGGACCAACAGCCCUGAUCCCCUGUGCCCUUUCCAAGACUGAGUGCUCAUCUCUGAAAAAAAUUCCAGUGCUUUGUAAAAUCAGAUUGGGUCAAAGAAGUGUAAGGAUGAGAAAAUAAUCUUUGAUUAACUUAACUUAAAUUUGUUUUGGGGCAUGAGUUGGUUCUCUAGAGCUUUGUGCUGUGUGGAAGGAAGCCAAGGAUGGAUGGAAAAGCAAGUAGAUGAGGGAGAGAGACAUGAAGGAAAACAGAGAAUGGGACAGCAGCUUGGAAGGUGGAGAUGAGUUUGGGUAGUGAGAGGAAUUGUCAGAGCAGUGGAGGAAACAGAUAACAGAGGACUAGGAAAAAAUAAUAUUUGGUUUUCUGAGAUUCUGAUUAUUGGUGGUGGUUUUCUAACUGAGAGGGUUAGGAAUAUGAGUGUACUUAAAACUACACUUGGACAUAAAUGGAAUGUGCCCUGAGACAUGGAGAGCUUUGCUGCAUCGCGGUUGUUCAUUUCAAACACUGGACAUAAUGAGUCUUUAAAUAAUCAUAAGAAAGAUGUAAAAAUCCAGAAAGAAAAUUAGGUGUUUAUUUGUAAUCUUGAGGCAUUAAAGGCUCACUGUGAUUAACAGUUUAAACUUUUCCUCUGUUACUAUGAAAUCUGCAUAUAUUCUUUUACUGAGAACGAAGUUUGUAUGUGAUAUACUUGAUUCUGGAAGCUGGGGAAUUUUAAACCUAAUCCUAUGGUGUUCACCAGGGGAAACAGAAAUUGAUUGCUGAGAAAAAAAAAAAAAAUCCAUGCAGCAUUUGAUAUAAGAAUGUGCAAAUGUGACAUAUGAGAACAGGCCCAAAUAAUCUGCCAGCUCCAUCUUCAUUUCUGCACCUGGAAGCUGUAAGCAGAGGAUGUCAAUAUCAGCUCAGUGGCGCAGAUGCAGCAGCUUCCAUGUCACACCUCCAGGGACAUAAAACAUACAUUGAUGACACAGGAACAAGGCGGUUUAUGGACCUUAAAAAUUUUGUGGGGUUUGUUUGUUUGUUUGUUUGUUUCUGUCAGUCUUUUGUGGUAGUCAUAAAUUACUUCUCUGCUAGCACUUUCUCUGUAUUAUAUAUAUUUCUAGUUUUGAUGGGGUUUUUGUAAUCAAGGAGUUGACUUAACUGGAAAAAAAUGCUGUUCACUUGCUUUCUUUGCCUUUUCUGAACAAAGAAGUUUGUAUGUCUUGGCAAACCACACUGUAUUUCUUUUAAAUGUAGCAAAUGAAUCAGAUGGGGGGAGGGGGGUGGGGCAGGGUGUUAUGCUCUUUUCUAACUGGACUGUAAAUAAAAACCACGAGAUCCA